UCGAGAGGAAGUUGCAGUUGAAGUGGAACCGAAGACUGGAGUUUCAUUCCCGGUUAAAUUGGAUGAUGGGAAACGGUUGAAAAGCGUUGGUGUCAGGAAGAAAUCCAUGCUUGGAUUGGGCAUCAAGAUUUACGGCUUUGGGAUGUAUGCAGACAAUGGGAAACUGAAGGAUUUGUUGAAGUCCAAGAUUGGGAAAGCCCCUGAAAAACUCAACAAGGAACUCUAUCAAUUGGUCAUUGAUAGUGAUGUGGGAAUGGUGGUAAGAUUGGUGAUUGAUUUCUCUAGCCUUACCAUGAGCAUGGUAAGAAAGAACUUUGAGGAAGGUCUUGGAGCAUCCAUCAAGAAACUAACAGGUGGAAAGGACCAAGUAGCAAACAAGCUCAUGGGAGAAGCGUCAGAUAACAUCCAGCUAACACCGGGGUCACUCAUCGAGAUUUCUCGGCUUCCAGGCUAUGUUCUCGAAACCAAGGUGAUGGGUGAAGUGAUAUCCAAGGUUGAGAGUGAACUUCUCUGCAGGGCUUAUAUCAAUUUGUAUCUGGGAGAUGAUCCACUUGAUAAGGAUGCCAAAGAUAAGUUUGGGAAGUCCUUGAUUUCUCUGUUCUAGAUAUAUAGGUUCUCGGACUAAGGCCGCUGAUU